GCGCCGGCGGCAGGAGGAGGGGGGCACCUGCCGCCCGGCUGCUGGGCUCCCGCGCCCUGCGCUCCCCGCCGCCCGCCUAGGCGCAGGCGGGGCACAGGCAGCGGCGGGUGGCAUGGAGAGCCUGCUGGAGAACCCGGUGCGCGCCGUGCUCUACCUCAAGGAGCUCACCGCCAUCGUCCAAAACCAGCAGAGCCUCAUCCACACCCAGCGCCAGCGCAUCGACGAGCUGGAGCGGCGGCUGGACGAGCUCAGCGCCGAGAACCGCAGCCUGUGGGAGCAUCAGCAGCUGCUACAAGCCCACCCUCCGUCCGGGCUGGUGCCUCCGUCGUCAGCCCCGCAGCCAGCUCCCCGGGCCGCCGCGGCCCAGGAGCCUCGCCAGGACCACGGACAGCUCCCGGGCGCCGCGCUGCAGCCCGCACCCGCGCAGCCGCUCCAGCACCACGGACAGCCCCCGGAGCAGCCCCAGCCAGGCCCCAGCGGCAGGGCUCAAGCAGCCCAGGCGCCCCACCAGGAGCCGGUGACGCUCGGGGCCGUCGCCAACAAGGAGAAGGAGCGUCCCCCGAGUUGCUGCGCUGCCGCCGGAGCCCUCCUGCAGCACAAAUCCCCCGCCGCCCUCGGCAAGGGCGUCCUGAGCAGGAGACCUGAGAAUGAGACCGUGCUGCACCAGUUCUGCUGCCCAGCCGUGGACGCCGAGCAGAAGUGCUCCGACCUGGCCUCCCCAAGUGAUGGCUCCUACACCCAGGCCGGUGGGGGCAUGGAGGACUCCAUGGUGGCAGCGGCGGUGGUGGCACUCGGCAGACCCAGUAUCCAUGCCCUGAAGGCUCAAGACCUGGAGCUGCAGGAGGAGGAGGAGCAGCCAGGGGCGAGGGGUGCCUCCCUGAGGGCUGCCCCCCCCCAGGUGGCCUCUCCCGGCGGGCAGCAGCCUGCCCUGGCGACAGCGCUCUGCUCCCACACCCCUGCUGCCUCUGAUUACGAACUCUCCCUUGACCUAAAGAAUAAACAGGUUGAAAUGCUAGAACACAAGUAUGGGGGUCACCUCGUGUCCCGCCGCGCCGCUUGCACCAUCCAAACCGCUUUCCGCCAGUACCAGCUCAGCAAGAACUUCGAGAAGAUCCGCAACUCGCUUCUGGAGAGCCGCCUGCCACGGCGGAUCUCCCUGCGGAAGGCGCGGGAGCCCACCGAGGGCCCGGCGGCCGAGCAGGCGCUGCUGGAGGGCUACGGCCUGGCGGGGCUGCCGCUGGUGCGCGCGCCCACCCUGCCGCCCGGCCUGGCGGGCGCGCUCACCGAGCUGGAGGACUCCUUCUCCGAGCAGGUGCAGUCCCUGGCCAAGUCCAUCGACGACGCCCUCAGCACCUGGAGCCUCAAGACCAUGUGCUCCCUGCAGGAGAGCGGCGCCUACCAGCUGCGCCAGGCCCUGCAGGCAGCCGCGGGGCCGCCCGACCUGGAGGCCGAGGUGCGGGAGCCGGAGCACGCGGGCCCGGGGCCCGCGGAAGAGGCGGCUGUGGCCGCUGGCCUGCCCCAGGGCCACGGCGGCACCCUCAUGAUGGCCUUCCGGGACGUCACGGUGCAGAUCGCCAGCCAGAACAUCUCCGUCUCCUCCGCCGCCGCCCUGUCGGUGGCCAACUGCCUGAGCUCGCAGGCGGCCCCGGCGCCCGCAGAGCCCGCGGCGGGCCUGGCAGAGUGGGGCGGCGCUCCCGGGCAGGAGGCUCCGCAGGCCCCCGCCGCGGGCCCGGAGGACACACCAGCCGAGGACUCCUGGGAAGAAACAGAGGCAGAGGCCAGCCGGGCCCCGCGCACCAACCUGCUGGGCGCCGCAGAGGCGGCGGAGGAGGCCUUGGCCGCCCAGGCGGAGGAGGAAGAGGAGGGCGCAGGGAAAGGGGCCGAGGCCGAGGUGGGCAACAACUCAGAGCGGCUGAGCAACAGCACGUCCACCAAAUUGGGCAAGUCGGGCUCGGAAGUGUCGGCCUCCACAUCCAAGGAGGCCCUGCAGGCCAUGAUCCUGAGCCUGCCCCGCUACCACUGCGAGAACCCCGCCAGCUGCAGGUCGCCCACGCUCUCCACCGACACCCUGCGCAAGCGGCUCUACCGCAUCGGCCUCAACCUCUUCAACAUAAACCCAGACAAGGGCAUCCAGUUCCUGAUCUCACGCGGCUUCAUCCCGGACACCCCCAUUGGUGUGGCCCAUUUCCUCCUCCAGCGGAAAGGCCUCAGCCGCCAGAUGAUUGGAGAGUUCCUGGGCAACAGCAAGAAGCAAUUCAACAGGGACGUGCUGGACUGCGUGGUGGACGAGAUGGACUUCUCUAGCAUGGAGCUGGACGAGGCCCUGCGCAAGUUCCAGGCGCACAUCCGCGUGCAGGGCGAGGCCCAGAAGGUGGAGCGGCUCAUCGAGGCCUUCAGCCAGCGCUACUGCAUGUGCAACCCCGAGGUGGUGCAGCAGUUCCACAACCCUGACACCAUCUUCAUCCUCGCCUUCGCCAUCAUCCUCCUCAACACCGACAUGUACAGCCCCAACAUCAAGCCUGACCGGAAGAUGAUGCUGGAGGACUUUAUCCGAAACCUGCGAGGUGUAGACGACGGCGCCGACAUCCCUAGGGAGCUGGUGGUAGGCAUCUAUGAGAGGAUACAGCAGAAGGAGCUCAAGUCCAACGAGGACCACGUCACGUACGUCACCAAGGUGGAGAAGUCCAUCGUGGGCAUGAAGACAGUGCUGUCGGUGCCCCACCGGCGCCUGGUCUGCUGCAGCCGGCUCUUCGAGGUGACGGACCUGAGCAAGCCGCAGAAGCAGGCGGCGCAUCAGCGGGAGGUGUUCCUCUUCAACGACCUGCUGGUGAUUCUCAAACUCUGCCCGAAGAAGAAGAGCUCCUCCACGUACACCUUCUGCAAGUCGGUCGGCCUUCUGGGCGUGGAGUUCCACCUCUUUGAGAAUGAGUAUUACUCUCAUGGCAUCACACUGGUGACCCCGCUCUCGGGCUCUGAGAAGAAGCAGGUGCUACAUUUCUGUGCCUUGGGCUCAGACGAGAUGCAGAAGUUCGUGGAGGACCUGAAGGAGUCCAUCGCUGAGGUGACGGAGCUGGAGCAGAUCCGGAUAGAGUGGGAGCUGGAGAAACAGCAGGGAACAAGGACGCUGUCCUUCAAGCCCGGAGCCCAGGCGGACCCACAGUCAAAGCAAGGAUCACCUACAGCCAAGAGGGGAGCCGCACUCGGGGAGCAGCCGGCGGAGAGCGCGGUGGAGGUGUCAAUUCACAACAGGCUUCAAACGUCCCAGCACAACCCCGGGCUGGGGGCCGAGAGCGGAGCGCCAUUGCCAGACCUGCAGCCUAGCCCCUUGAGAGAGCAUCCCCCACCGCUGCCGCCGCCCACACCCCCGGGCACCCUGGUGCAGUGCCAGCAAAUUGUCAAGGUCAUUGUCCUGGACAAGCCCUGCCUGGCCCGCAUGGAACCCCUGCUGAGCCAGGCUCUCUCCUGCUACACCUCUUCCUCCUCUGACUCCUGCGGCUCCACACCCGGGGGCGGCCUGGGCUCCCCGGUCAAGGCUGUCCACCAGCCUCCACUGCCCCCACCGCCGCCGCCCUACAACCACCCUCACCAGUUCUGCCCCCCAGGACCCCUGCUGCACCGGCGCCGCUACUCCAGUGGCUCCAGGAGCCUGGUGUAGACUCUGCCCCAACCCUGCUGCCUCGGGGCCUGCUGCCCUGCUGCUCCACACCCUGGCACGGUGCAUUCCUGGCCACUGAUUGCCAUCAUUUGGGAAAGAGAACCCCCUCCCUGGCACCUGGGUUUGCCUUGUCCCACCGUCCCGCCACCUCAGUCGAGCACCCCUCCCCAGUCUGCAGACGCCACCUCACUCUCUUGGGCCCUGCACAGCCAGACCAGGCAGGUGCCUCUUCCUCUGGCCGCCACUCUCCCACAUGGGGCCGUGGCCCGAAGAAGCCAGAGCUGAACUUGCAGCUUUGAGCCUGUUGGUGCCCAGAGGCCUCAGGCCAGGGCGGGAGCAAGAGGCAGCAGCUCACAGCCCAGGAUGGUGCAUCUGCGCCACACUGAGUGGAGGAGGGCUAUCUCGGGCUCCCCGGGGGUUUCUCUGCUGCCCCCGUACCCCCAAGCCCAGCAGUGUCGGAGGCUGCUCCCUGGUCUCCAGGCCGUGGGCUGUCCUUCGCCCUCCUCCCAGGGCCUUCUGCUUUCUCAAGGGCUGCCCAGGCCCCAGGAACGCUUCAGGAAAUGGAGGAGGGAAGGGAGCACACUCAGCUCUCUCUGGACCAGGUCAACAGGGCCGAGCAAUAACAGGGUCUUACAUCUGCAAAAUGCACCUUUUUAAAGAAUUUCUUAGUUCCCGAGCCCCGAACAACACCCAGCAAUGCCAAGUGCACCGGGCACAUACACAUAAACACAGAGAAGAACUAGGUUAAUUUCUUUGAUUGUGGAAGCAGAAACAGGGAGAUGGGGCAGUGAUUUGCCCAGCAGAGAUGGGUCUCUGGCCAGAGGCAGGGCUCCCUCUUGCAAGACAUCUGUGGCCAGCAGGAGGGACUUGGGUGCAGAGGGGGUGAGAGAAACAGGGGCUCCAGAGGCACUUGAGUUUCCCCUGUGACCCUCAGCCUUUAAUGCUUCCCCCCCCCCCGGAAGGUGCCAGACACCCCCUCCUCAGCAGGGAUAACUGAAAGAGCCCCUGGACCCUUACAAUUGCAAAGGAGAGCCAAGCAGGCCUUGCUGACCUCCCAGGGCCGAGCAGGCAGGGGCAGCUAGCUAUAGGUGGCCCCACAGAGCCCAGGCCUAGGGCAGGGUCCCUCCCCAGCCAGGAGAGAGGCAGCCCGCCCUCAGGCCCUUUCUGUCCUGCGGGACCAGACUCCAGUCCUGAGCCAGCAGCUCACUGCUGUCCUUCGUGCAGGCCCCUCCCACUGCACCUAUUGCUAGAGCCUCCUGAGAGACGGAGGGAGCAUUGGCCAGGUCUCCAUGAGCCUGCAGGACCUGGGCCAGGAGGACGCAUGGGUCAUUCCCCGCUCUAGGAGGGUACAGGUGACCCAGUUUCCAGUGUGUGUGUGUGUGUGUGUGUGUGUGUGUGUGGUCACCGGACGUCACUGUGAUGUCACCCAGUGAGUCUAUUUCUGGCAUCUUUGUCAGCUGGUCUCCGCAACUUGCAGCCAGUUUGCCAUCACCCUUGUGGCUCCCCAGCCCGUCUGCCCUGCCUGUCCUUGUCACCCUGGCCCCUCUGUGUCUUCUCUGUAACAGAAAUGGUCCAGCCAGAGCCUGUUGGAACGGAGCGGCCCACAGAUGGAGUGCACAGACUCAGACUCCCUGGUGCCCAUGGCCAGGGCAGGGAUGGCCCCAAAGUGGAGGCCCAGGCAGGAGGUGCCAGGGACUGGGAGGAAGUGUGGUUGUGAGGAUGGAAGGGAUGAAUCUUGAAUGAGGGGAGCUGAAAAUAGAAGGUUAUGAGCAGGAAGCAGGAGUAUGAGCUUUGGGAGAACAUGAGCUAUGCAUGUGGGUAACUAUAUUUAUGGGGUGUGGGCCGGGGUGCCUGGGCCAUGAGGGAGGGGCACUGUCCAGCCAGCCCUGUCCCACCAGGCAGGACCCCUGCCACCUGCUCAUGUGGCACUUCCAGCUUACAAAGUGCCCUCCUGCUUGCGGACGGGGGCACAGCAGCCCUGGGCCCUCCCUCCCACUUUCCAGACUGGGACAAGCAGAGGCCUUAGGGCUGGCACCUGGACUGCCGGGCCCUCAGCACCCAUUCCUCAGGGUGGGGUGGUGGCUGCCCAUCUGCUCACAGCACAGGGAGUCCUGUUGCAGGAAGCAGACCAGUCUGGGUCAGCAGCCCGUGGAGCCAGGCCUGAGCUGGGAGGGGCUUUUAGUCCCUGAGGGCCAGACCAGGACACAGCUGGCCUUUCUUGCUGUCAGGGGAAGCAGGUGCCCAGCCUCUGCAAUGCCCCUGCCUGAUCAGCCUGCCAGCUAAGGUGGGGACCUGGCUCCAUGCCCCUCCCAGAGCCUGGCCCUCAGACCCCUGGGAGAGCCCCUGCUCCCUGUCACAGGGCGGGUGGGAAGGCUCUGCCCUCCCAAGCCCAAGGGGCAGUGGAGUGCUGACUGAGCCCCUGACCCAGCCACCGCAAGAUGGCCCACACCACCGACUUUCUGGGCCUGCCUUUAGGGACCUGGGCCCUCUUCCAAUUUUAUCCAUGUGGCUGCAACUCCAGACUCCAGAGUGGUGGAUGCAACUGGCUUCCCCAGACCCCAAGCAAGGCCCUGCCCGCGCGUGUCUUGGAAGCCCCCUGCCUGCCUGCCUUUCUCCAAGGGCACUGUGAUCCCACCCACGUCCAUCGGGCCUGGGCCCUGCACCCCGCCCCGGCUGUUCUCCCGUGGCCUGCCAGGUGUCUGUGCCGCCAGGCUGCCUGGCAGCUGCCCAUGUCUCAGACCCUGUGCGCAGCUGUACAUGCCUUCCUGCUGCACCCGCCCCAUGCACCCCUUCACCUCCUUGGAGAGAAACCUCUCCAGGGAAAAGCAGGGUGGCUGCACCCAACAACUAACCCAAAUGGCAAAUAUUUUGUAACAAAAUAUCCCAGAGGUAUUUUAUCUGUUUGAUUCAUAGAGUUUUAGAGAUUAUAUUGAAAUAUGUCACUUGAGCAAA